ACGGUAACAAUUCCAUUCUCCCUUUCCACGCGUAGCAAGGCGAUCUGGCAGCCGAGUGUGUAAAGCCUGCCUGGGAAUCUGACUCCGAGUACAUCAGCGGCCAUAACUAUGGCUGAACGCCGCGCCUUCGCCCAGAAAAUUAGCAGGACCGUGGCAGCAGAGGUGCGCAAGCAGAUCGCCGGUCAGUAUGUGGGCUCCCCUCAACUGCUCAAGAACCUCAACGUGGGCGUGGCCGCCAGCAACGCAGUUCCUCUCACAGAGGCGGUGGAGCCAGUGGACUUUGAGGAGUACCUCCUCACCCACCCCCCCAUCAUCGAGUCUGGACCCCUGCGCGACCUGAUCGAGUUCCCCCCCGACGACAUCGAGGUUCUCUACACCCCCAGGGAGUGUCGCACCGUGGGCCAGCCCGUUCCUGAGGAGGGGGAUACCGAUGCCCAUGUCAGAGACUGUGUCAGGUCCUACACUGAGGACUGGGCCAUCGUCAACAGAAAGUACCACAAGCUGGGCACUGGCUUCAACCCCAAUGCCCUGGACAAGCAGAAGGAGAGGCAGAAAGGGCUUCCUAAGCAGGUGUUUGAGGCGGAUGAGAUGCCUGACAGUAAUGCCUACCAGGACGACCAGGAUGACCUGAAGAGGAGGUCCAUGUCCAUCGAUGACACCCCGCGGGGCAGCUGGGCUUGCAGCAUCUUCGACCUGAAGAACUCUCUCCCAGACGGCCUCCUGCCCCAUCUCCUCGACCGCUCCCCCAACGAGGAGAUCGACCGUCACAACGAGGAGCAGCGCAAGGCCCAACGCCACCGCGAGCUGUUCGCUCUGCACCCGGCCCUGGACGAGGAUGAACCGAUUGAACGCCACUGUGUUCCCGACGUCCCUAAAGAACACUUCGGCCAGAGGCUACUCGUCAAGUGCUUGUCUCUGAAGUUUGAGAUUGAAAUCGAGCCCAUCUUUGCCAGUCUGGCCAUGUACGAUGUCAAGGAAAAGAAAAAGAUCUCCGAGAACUUCUUCUUUGACCUGAACUCGGAGCAGACCAAGUCCAUGCUGCGUCCCCACAUCCAGACGGCCGCCAUCUCCACACUGGCGCGCUCCGCCAUCUUCUCCAUCACCUACCCAUCCCAGGACGUCUUCCUCGUCAUCCAGCUGGAGAAGGUGCUUCAGCAGGGGGACAUUGGAGAGUGUGCAGAGCCCUACAUGGUCUUCAAGGAGUCGGACGCAGCCAAGAACAAGGAGAAGCUGGAGAAGCUGCGGGGACAAUCGGAGCAGUUCUGCCAGCGUCUGGGGAAAUACCGCAUGCCGUUCGCCUGGACUGCCAUCCACCUGAUGAACAUCGUCAACAGCGCCGGCAGCCUGGAGAGAGACACGGAGCUGGAUAUGGGGCUGUCAGAGAGGAAAGGCUCGUGGUCAGAGAGAAGGAACUCAAGCAUUGCGGGCCGGCGCUCUCUGGAGAGGACGGCCAGCGGGGACGAGUCGUGCAGCCUGACCAGCUUCAGACCCGCCACUCUCACCGUCACCAACUUCUUCAAGCAGGAGGGAGACAGGCUGAGCGACGAGGACCUGUACAAGUUCCUGGCUGACAUGAGGAGGCCGUCGUCCGUUCUGAGGAGACUGAGGCCAAUCACAGCCCAGCUGAAGAUCGACAUCUCCCCAGCUCCCGAGAACCCUCACUACUGCCUGACCCCUGACCUGCAGCAGGUGAAGCCGUACCCAGACAGCAGGGUGCGCCCCACCAGGGAGAUCCUGGAGUUCCCAGCUAGAGACGUCUACGUGCCCAACACCACCUACAGGAACUUGUUGUACGUGAACCCUCAGAGUUUGAACUUUGCCAACCGUCAAGGCUCCGCCCGAAACAUCACGGUGAAAGUACAGUUCAUGAACGGAGAAGACCCCAGUAACGCACUGCCGGUGAUAUUUGGCAAGUCCAGCUGUGCAGACUACACCAAGGAGGCCUACACGUCUGUGGUGUACCAUAACAGAUCCCCCGACUUCCACGACGAGAUCAAGAUCAAGCUGCCGGCCUCGCUGACCGACCAUCACCACAUCCUGUUUACCUUCUACCAUGUCAGCUGUCAGCAGAAACAAAACACACCUCUGGAGACCCCAGUGGGCUACACGUGGAUCCCCAUGCUGCAGAACGGUCGCCUGCGUACCGGACACUUCUGUCUGCCCGUGUCCCUGGAGAAACCUCCCCAGUCCUACUCGGUCCUCUCUCCAGACGUUCCUCUCCCCGGGAUGAAGUGGGUGGACAACCACCGGGGGGUGUUCAACGUGGACGUGGUCACCGUGUCGACCGUGCACACGCAGGACCAGUACCUGGACAAGUUCUUUGCUCUGGUCCACGCCCUGGACGAGCACAUGUUCCCCGUGCGCAUCGGCGACAUGCGCAUCAUGGAGAACAACCUGGAGGCGGAGCUGAAGUCCAGCAUCGCGGCACUCAGCUCCGCCCAGCUGGAGCCCACGGUUCGCUUUCUCCACCUGCUGCUGGACAUGCUGGUGGUGCUGGUGGUGCGGCCGCCUGUUAUCGCGGGACAGAUAGUGAACUUGGGCCAGGCAUCGUUCGAGGUCAUGGCCUCCAUCGUGAACCGUCUCCACAAGUACCUGGACACGAGCCAGGACCUGCACGGCCGGAACAGCCUCCUCUCCUCCUACAUCUACUACGUGUUCCGCCUGCCCAGCACCGACCCCAACGCCCCCUCCCCCGGGCCGGGGGGUCUGGGCGGGUCGGUCCACUACGCCACCAUGGCCCGCUCCGCCGUGCGGCCCGCCAGCCUUAACCUCAACCGCUCACGGAGCCUUAGCAACAGUAACCCUGACAUCUCAGGAACACCCACGUCCCCCGACGACGAGGUUCGCUCCAUCAUCGGGAGUAAGGGCUUAGACCGCUCCAACUCCUGGGUGCACACGAUGGGGUGUAAGAGCGCCCCCUGGGGAUCAGGGCCUGGAUCUGCUCCAGACACCAUGCAGGCCACGGAUCGCUGUGGCAACCGCAUGUCUUCGCACACUGAGAGCGCCAGUUUCUUGCAAACUUUAACAGGACGGUCCCCCACCAAAAAGCUGUUCCACGAGGAGCUGGCUCUGCAGUGGGUGGUCAGCAGUGGCAGCGUGCGGGAAGGAGCCCUCCAGCAGGCCUGGUUCUUCUUCGAGCUCAUGGUGAAGAGCAUCAUCCACCACCUGUACUUCACAGAGCGUCUGGAGUCUCCCAGGAAGAACCGCUUCCCCGAGCGCUUCAUGGACGACAUCACGGCGCUCGUCAGCACCAUCGCCGGGGACAUCGUCUCACGCUUCCAGAAGGACCUGGAGCUGGUGGAGAGGCUGAACAACAGUCUGGCAUUCUUCCUGAACGACCUUCUGUCCGUCAUGGACCGAGGAUUCGUCUUUACGCUCAUCAAGACCUACUGGAAGCAGGUGUCAGCCAAGCUGUACACGCUGCAGAACCCCACGCUGGAGUCCCUGAGGCUGGACUUCCUCAGGGUGGUCUGCAGCCACGAACACUACGUCACCCUCAACCUCCCCUGUAGCCUCCUCACCCCCCCAGCCUCGCCCUCGCCCUCCGUGUCCUCCGCCACCUCGCAGAGUUCAGGGUUCUCCACGCAUGUCCAGGACCAGAAGAUAGCCAACAUGUUUGAGCUGUCCGUGCCCUUCAGAGAGCAGCACUAUCUGGCUGGGCUGGUCCUGACCGAACUGGCCGUCAUUCUGGACCCAGAGGCAGAGGGGAUGUUUGGCUUGCAUAAGAAGGUGGUCAGCGUGGUCCACAACCUUCUGUCCAGCCACGACUCUGACCCCCGCUACGCCGACCCCGAGGUCAAAGCCCGCGUCGCCACUCUCUACCUGCCACUCAUCGGCAUCGUCAUGGAGACGCUGCCCCAGCUGCACGACUUCACAGAGUCACACAGCCAGUGGGGGCGCUCCGGGGGGGCCCAGGGGGGCGCGGGGGCCCCCGGAGGGGAGGAGGCGGAGGGGGAGGGGAACAGCAUGAUCAGUCAGACGGUCGCCAUGGCGAUAGCGGGGACCUCCGUCCCCCAGAGGCCCAGCAGCUUCAUGCUCAACCCCCAGGCCCCGCGUCCCCACGGCUCCUUCUCUGCAGAGUCGAGCCGCAGCCUGCUGAUCUGCCUGCUGUGGGUCCUGAAGAACGCAGACGAGCUGGUGCUGCAGAAGUGGUUCACUGACCUGUCAGUGGCCCAGCUCAACCGCCUGCUGGACCUGCUCUACCUGUGUGUGUCCUGCUUCGAGUACAAGGGGAAGAGGGCCUUCGAGCGCAUGAACAGUGUGACCUUCAAGAAGUCCAAAGACAUGAAGGCCAAGCUGGAGGAGGCCAUUCUGGGCAGCAUCGGGGCCCGGCAGGAGAUGGUGCGGCGCAGCCGGGGGCAGCUGGAGAGGAGUCCAUCAGGCAGUGCUUUUGGCAGUCAGGAGAACCUGCGCUGGAGGAAGGACAUGACACACUGGCGCCAGAACAGCGAAAGGAUGGACAAGACGAGGGCUGAACUGGAACAUGAGGCACUCAUCGACGGUAACCUGGCAACCGAGGCCAACCUGAUCAUCCUGGAUACUUUGGAGAUAAUUGUUCAGACAGUAUCGGUGACCGAGUCGAAGGAGAGCGUGCUGGGAGGAGUGCUGAAGGUGCUGCUACACAGCAUGGCCUGUAAUCAGAGCGCCCUCUACCUGCAGCACUGCUUCGCUACACAGAGAGCCCUGGUGUCUAAGUUCCCAGAGCUGUUGUUUGAGGAGGAGACUGAGCAGUGUGCUGACCUGUGUCUGCGUCUGCUGAGGAACUGCAGCAGCAGCAUCGGCUCCAUCCGCUCCCAUGCUGCCGCCUCGCUCUACCUGCUCAUGAGGCAAAACUUCGAGAUCGGCAACAACUUCGCCAGGGUGAAGAUGCAGGUGACCAUGUCUCUGUCCUCCCUGGUCGGGACGUCUCAGAACUUCAACGAAGAAUUUCUCCGUCGUUCCCUGAAGACCAUCCUGACCUACGCUGAGGAAGACCUGGAGCUCAGAGAAACGACCUUCCCAGACCAGGUACAAGACCUGGUCUUCAACCUCCACAUGAUCCUGUCCGACACGGUGAAGAUGAAGGAACACCAGGAGGAUCCUGAGAUGCUGAUAGACCUGAUGUACAGGAUCGCCAAGGGUUACCAGACGUCCCCGGACCUGCGUCUGACCUGGCUGCAGAACAUGGCGGGAAAGCACACAGAGAGGACCAAUCACGCGGAGGCAGCACAGUGCCUAGUGCACAGCGCCGCCCUGGUGGCAGAGUACCUCAGCAUGCUGGAGGAUCGCAAGUACCUGCCUGUGGGCUGCGUCACCUUCCAGGACAUCUCCUCCAACGUCCUGGAGGAGUCAGCGGUGUCAGAUGACGUGGUUUCCCCCGACGAGGAGGGCAUCUGCUCGGGCAAGUACUUCACGGAGGCUGGGCUGGUGGGUCUCCUGGAGCAGGGAGCGGCCUCCUUCUCCAUGGCUGGCAUGUACGAGGCAGUGAACGAGGUGUACAAGGUCCUCAUCCCCAUCCACGAGGCCAACCGCGACGCCAAGAAGCUGGCCACCAUACAUGGUAAACUGCAGGAAGCCUUUGGCAAAAUCGUGCACCAGAGCACCGGCUGGGAGAGGAUGUUCGGGGACUUACUUCGAGUCGGCUUCUACGGCUCCAAGUUCGGAGAUUUGGACGAGCAGGAGUUUGUGUACAAAGAGCCAGCCAUCACCAAGCUGGCUGAGAUCUCUCACAGACUGGAGGGUUUCUACGGCGAGCGCCUUGGGGAGGACCAAGUAGAGGUCAUCAAGGACUCUAACCCAGUGGACAAGAUCAAACUGGACCCCAACAAGGCCUUUGUCCAGAUCACCUACGUGGAGCCGUACUUCGACACGUUCGAGAUGAAGGACCGGAUCACCUACUUCGACAAGAACUACAACCUGCGGCGCUUCGUGUACUGCACGCCCUUCACCCUGGACGGCCGCGCGCACGGGGACCUGCACGAGCAGUUCAAACGCAAAACCAUCCUCACCACCUCCCACGCCUUUCCCUACAUCAAGACCCGCAUCAACAUCAUCCACAAGGAGGAGGUCAUCUCCAUGCCCAUCGAGGUGGCCAUCGAGGACAUGCAGAAGAAGACCCAGGAGCUGGCGUUCGCCACCCACCAGGACCCUGCUGACGCCAAGAUGCUGCAGAUGGUCCUGCAGGGCUCCGUGGGAACAACCGUCAACCAGGGGCCGCUGGAAGUAGCGCAGGUGUUCCUGUCAGAGAUCCCCAGCGACCCCAAGCUCUACCGACACCACAACAAGCUCCGGCUGUGCUUCAAGGACUUCACCAAGAGGUGUGAGGACGCCCUCCGUAAAAACAAGAGCCUGAUUGGUCCAGACCAGAAGGAGUACCAGCGGGAGCUGGAGAGGAACUACCACCGCCUGAAGGAGUCCCUGCAGCCGCUCAUCAACAGGAAGAUCCCCCAGCUGUACAAGCCUGUGCUGCAGGUCAUCUCCCACAGGGAUUCCUUCAGCAGGAUGAGCCUUCGCAAGCUCGACGUUUGACGAGAGAGAAGAGCGAGCGAAUCAUGACCUUAAUUUAUUCAUAAUGUGUGUGUGUAAAUAUGACUGCGUCCUCUGAAAGCCAGUGUUCCCGGUAGCAAGAGAAGCCACAUGCAACUCGGUACGUCAUUCCAGUGUCUUACUCGUUUACAGACAGCCUGUUACGCAAUCAGUGGGCUGAGCAAGUGGUUCUCACUACGUACGAUGUGUCAAAUCUGUAUUUUACUUCAUGCGUGCACUUUUAUUUUUUUUUACUGUGUAUCAAUGCAUUUUACAACUUGAAAGUUUACUAUUUAAUCCAUCUGGUCGGAAAAGAAAAAAAAAAGGUACUAUUUAUCAUGUUUAUCAUUUUUAGUUAAGCUACAUUUGUUUAAAGGUAGGGAAAUGUUUUCAACUUCCAUAGUUAUGUAGUUUGUUUACUUUAAAUAUUUUACUAAAUAAAUAUUUAAAUGUCUAAA